CCCCUCCCCAAGACCACGGGGAAACGAUGCCAUCAUCCCCUUUCCCACCAGCCGCGCGGGGCAUUGUUGGGGAGGAUCGGAACACAAGUCCGAUGCGGAUCUAGUUCAUCAAGGGAAAAGAAAGGAGGUCGGGCGCUCCGACAAGGGCGUGUUUCUUCUAUUCCGCUGUACUACUACUACUAUCACGCCCGGCGGAACGAGGAGCCGCAACGGCGGCCCCAUUCAUCUUCAUUACGAACAAAACGCCAUUGCCAUGCUAACUAUUCCGGCCACAACAUGUCCAUUCGGCGUAGAGCCGUUUUGGCUAGUAUCGGAUUUCCACUCCUUCUGUCUUUUUCCAUGACCAAGAAUUUUUUGCUACAGAAGUGGCGCCAGUACGUUCAAAGGAUGGCCCGAGGAGGGCUGAUAGGCGUGAAUGGGAAGGGGGCGGGGAGUGAGGAACCUCCGUUGAUGUUACGGAUGGGUAAAUGCUGGCCCGGGCAGAUGACCGAAGUGGAGGCAGCAACGAACCGGAAGGGGACAAUGCCGAGUGGUGUGGGCUGUAAAGCCUGUUGGUGUUGGGGAGGGGGCUUUGUGGGUGGGCGUCGUUUCCCGACCGCCGAAAAGUACGGUGCGGCAAGAGCGGCGGUGACUCGUAUCCCCCGGUGUCUGCAACUGCAAGCCCGCUUACACUACGGAGUAACUACCUACGCUCUCAACAAGGAAGGGAGGGGAGAGGGGACGGGAAGGGAAGGAUGGGAUACCAGAUCAUGGAUGGGAUUGGAAGGCAGGGGGAUGAGAGUGCGGAACCGCAAGCCGGGAAAGUUGUCGAUGUGAUACGCAAAAAAAAGAGACGGUAAGUUGCCAAUUGACCAAUUACUUAGAAGCGAUUGCAUAUGGUGUUGUUUUUCUGUUUUCCGCUUCCAAGUCUCAAAGUCCCAUACCC